UCCUUCCUUGGUAGCAGUGCUAUGGGUAUCGAUUUACCUUCUAAGGUUCUUCAGGCAAAGAAGAAUCUUAAAAUGCAGUCUCUCUGUUUUUCAAGCAGGAGUGAACUUCCUAAAGCAGCAGUACCUAAAGGCCACUUUGCAGUUUAUGUUGGAGAAACCCAGAAGAAGAAGAAGAAGAGAUUUGUGAUUCCUAUAUCCUACUUGAACCAUCCUUCAUUCCAAGACUUGCUUAGUCUAGCUGAAGAAGAAUUUGAGUUCAAUCAUCCAAUGGGUGGUCUCACAAUUCCAUGCAAAGAAGCUACCUUCAUUGAUGUCACUUCUCGUUUGAGUUCCUAGCAGGGAAGAAGAGAAUUAAG